CCCAGGGAGGAGGGCGUGCUGCAGUCCCGGCGGUGGUGGUGGUGGUGGCAGCUGGAGGUGCAGUCUCCCAGGUGGGAGGCGGGGGCUGCGGGCGCAGGAAAAGGCGCCUGGGGAGCGGGCACUCAGCUGGGCCUCCUCCGGCCCCGGGCGCGGCGAGGCGAGGGGGAGUGAGCGCGCUGGGAGCACGCAGGCGCCCUGCUCCGGCUGGCCCUCGGCCGAAGCGCGGCGCGGGAGCAGCCCGCAGCCCGCCCCCACGCCCCCGGCAGCCCCGGACCCCCCGCGGCCGGCCGUCGGGAGCGCUCGCUCAGAAGCGCAGGCCGCCGGCCCGGGAGAGCGCGCGGCGGCGGCCGCGGGACGGCUUCGGGGCUGCCCGGAGCGCACCCUCCUGCCCUCGGCCACUCGCAGGCGGUGCUGGCCCGGCCGGCGCACCCCGCAGGCAGCCGGAGCGCGGCCUCGGCCUCGGCCUAGGCGGGAGCGAGACCCGGGCCGCAGCCCGCGGGCGGUGGCGCGGGCGGCUGCGGGCACUGACGGCGUCGCGGGGUGCUCCCGGGCGGCGGCGCAGCGGCGGCGGCGCAAGGGGCGGAGGCAGGGGGCGCCCCCAGCCAGGAUGCUGCGGUUCCUACGCCGGACCUUUGGCCGCCGCUCGAUGCAGCUGUACGCGCGAGGAGCUGCAGGGCGCGGAGCCGCCGGGCUGGGGGACGAGCGCGACGGGGGGCCGCGGGGGGGCCCGGCCGCCGCUGCUGCCUCCUCGGCGCUGCCCGCCGCUCCCGGGGGCAGCGUGUUCCCGGCCGGCGGAGGGCCCCUGCUCACGGGCGGCGCGGCCGUGCACAUCUCCGCCGCCGGAGCCGCCAAGGCCACCCUCUACUGCCGCGUCUUUCUGCUGGACGGGACCGAAGUGAGCGUCGACCUGCCGAAACAUGCCAAAGGCCAGGAUUUGUUCGACCAGAUCGUGUACCACCUGGACCUCGUGGAAACAGAUUACUUUGGCCUCCAGUUCCUUGACUCCGCCCAGGUCGCGCACUGGCUGGACCACUCCAAACCCAUAAAAAAGCAGAUGAAAAGUUCAGUUGGACCCGCCUAUGCUUUGCACUUUCGAGUUAAAUAUUAUUCUUCAGAACCGAACAACCUUCGUGAAGAGUUUACAAGGUACCUGUUUGUUUUACAACUCAGGCAUGACAUUCUGUCAGGAAAAUUGAAAUGCCCAUAUGAAACAGCUGUGGAAUUAGCUGCUCUCUGUCUACAAGCGGAGCUUGGGGAGUGUGAGCUUCCAGAACACACACCAGAGCUUGUGUCUGAGUUUCGGUUCAUUCCAAAUCAGACAGAAGCGAUGGAAUUUGAUAUCUUCCAGAGAUGGAAAGAGUGCAGGGGAAAGAGCCCUGCCCAGGCGGAACUCUCCUAUCUGAAUAAAGCGAAGUGGCUGGAAAUGUAUGGGGUAGACAUGCACGUUGUCAGGGGAAGAGAUGGCUGUGAAUAUUCUCUUGGACUGACCCCGACAGGCAUAUUAAUCUUUGAAGGAGCUAACAAAAUAGGCUUAUUCUUUUGGCCUAAAAUCACCAAAAUGGAUUUCAAAAAGAGCAAACUGACACUGGUGGUGGUGGAGGACGAUGACCAGGGCCGGGAGCAGGAGCACACCUUCGUGUUCCGCUUGGACAGCGCCCGGACCUGCAAGCACCUGUGGAAAUGCGCGGUCGAGCAUCACGCGUUCUUCCGGCUGCGGACCCCGGGAAACAGCAAAUCCAAUAGAUCAGACUUUAUCAGGCUGGGGUCUCGCUUCAGAUUCAGCGGGCGGACGGAAUAUCAGGCUACACACGGGGCCCGGUUACGAAGAACCAGCACCUUUGAGAGGAAGCCUAGUAAACGCUAUCCGUCCCGGAGACAUGCGACGUUCAAAGCAAGCAACCCGGUGAUAGCAGCUCAGCUCUGCUCUAAAACAAAUCCUGAAGUCCAUAAUUACCAGCCUCAGUAUCAUCCCAACAUCCACCCCAGCCAGCCCCGGUGGCACCCUCACUCUCCGAAUGUAAGCUACCCGCUCCCUUCCCCAGGGCUCAGCAGCUCAGACCGGCUGCCUUUCGGCAUCGAGGAGAAUGGGGGCACGCCAUUCACGACCAAAGCUUCGGGAAGGCACCACCACCACCACCACCACCAGCACCAACACCAGCAUCACCCCAGCUAUGGCCUCUCGCUGACCCUGGAGAACAAGGAGGGGCCUUUGCGGUCCCCAAACUCCAGCACUAAAUCGCUUACAAAACUGACUCCAGGCGCACCUGCCCUGUUCACUGAGACAGCCACCCAUCUGAAGAAGCUGGAACUGGACACUGUGAAGGCCGUUGGCCCCUGGCCUGCUCUGCACAUCAACAUAAAUAAGGCUGAAGAAAAAAAAGUUUCUGAGAAGACUCUUCAGACCCCACUCUUGCCUUCCCCCGUGGCCGAUCAUGUGAAGUGUAACAUUUUGAAAGCCCAGCUGGAGAACGCUUCCCGUGUGAGUGCCCAGGUUGGAAAGGAGGAAUCAACGUUUGUAAAUAUCAAUAAGAAAUCCAGUCUCCAGGACACUAACGUAAGAAGUCCUAUUCCUAUACGUGUGGAAACAGCCCAACCAGCAGUGGAAAAGCCGGAAAUCAAGCCUCCCCGAGUGAGGAAGUUAACGAGACAAUACAGCUUCAACCGCAGUGACGAAGACGACCUCCCUCCGGAGCUGGCCGAGGCGGUAGGCGUGCCCGUGACCACCACACCAACCACCACCACCACCAUGACCGCCGCCACGCAAGUCUCAGCGCCGCUGGUGUCCCCCAAGGUCCACAAACUCAGCUCGCCUCAGGAUUCAGAAGGCAAGAGCCAGCUGUCCCCAGGGGCCAAGAGUCCCUCUGACCACGGAGGUGCCUUUACCUUGGAGCCAGGCGAUCUCCUGAUGGACUUCACAGAAGCCACUCCUCUGGCAGAGCCCGCCAGCGCCCCCCACUGUGCCCACUCUCGCUGCUCUCCUCCACUCUCUCUCCCCAUGAAGGAAGAGACCACUGGAGUUUGCAUGCACCCUCCAAUCAAAACGAGGCUGAUAAAAGCAUUCCCGGUUGAUACAGUGACCCCGUUUCCCGAUCCUUUCACUACAGGGCCCCAGUUUACCGCAGACUUCAGAGACGGUAAGUUACCGUGCUGCCCCGGCCAGUCUUCCCCGCUGAUCCCCGCAGUGACCCUGAGGCCUUUGACCGAGACCAUCUCCACAGUGCAGACCAUCUACACCGCUCGGAAGCCUGUUUCCCUGGCAGCCAGCGCAGAGACGCUCCGGCAGGAACUGGAGAGAGAGAAAAUGAUGAAAAGACUGUUGAUGACCGAACUGUGAAUUCUCCCCUGGUUGCCUGGAGGAUGGCAUGGUGCCUUCUGUCAUUUUCCUUCUUCGGGUUUUGCGGGCUCACUCUAGCACAACAGGCUGAUGUGUGCUCUGUCCGCCCCGGUCUCCGUGGUCGUUGAAGCCAACAUCUGGCUUGACUUCUAUUGGAAAAGUUGUUUUAUGUCUCCUGAGUAUUAGAGUUUUUCUACUACUCAACACAGUCGAGACAGGAUUGGCAAGCCUUGGAGGAGAACAAUGGAAAAAUGUGGAUUUCUUUCAGAAGUACCUGUGUGUAUACAUCAAUAACCACAGGGGUUAAUAAGGAGCAGAAUCCUUUGCUAUCAAUCUCAACCAUGUGAUUUUGUAUGAUUGAAACUUACACCGAGCUUUGACUGUUUGUUAAAGUCAUUUUUAAUGAGAGAACAAUUCUUUUUGCUGGUUUUUCAUUUACACUAGUAAAUACACAGAUCUUUUAAAGUCUUUAACAUUCAUUUUUAUUCAGACAUGAGCUGAAAAGGAAAGUUGCACUCACCAGGACCUAAGGAACUUCAGCUUAAUCUGAAACGUAACUUCACUUGUGACUUUGUUAGAUAUGAUAUUGCUUGGGAUACAUAUAAUUUAUCAUGAAACCCAAAGGAAAAGAAAAUUACAGCUCAAAUUCUAAAAAUCCUUACAAGGUUAAGGUGAUUCAGUGUCAGGCUUCAUUUGGGAGUUCCGUAAAAGAAAAUCAUUUCUAAAGUUGAUCAGUUCCGAUCCCGUUGAUACGACCUUGAUCAGAAGAAACCCUACUCUCUUUUUAUAAGUUUCACGAAAUGUGUUUUUAACUUUUUAUUAUGCACUUGAACAACUUUGCAGGAAUAAAGGAACCCCCUAACCAUUGUUUCCCAAGCUUUCCCGACACACAUGUACACCGUUGUACACAGGUAUGACCGGUGUGUGUGUACCCUUCGGUUGUACUCUUCCACCUAACACAUAGCUUCUCUUUUCAACACAGAGCCCGCUCUCACCCAUUUAAAUGUCUUUAUGUCCGUAUAACAUGGCUAACCUCACUUCUCCCCAUUAUUAGACAUUCGAGAUAUAUCCAAUUUUUCACUCGUAUAAAUAGUGCUGCUAUGAAUGUCUUUGUAAAAAAAAAAGUAUAUAUAUAUAUCUCUCUCCUUCCUUUGGAUUCUUCCCUUGGGAAUGUCUCCAAAGAGGGGAUUACCAGGUCAAAGAGCAUGAAGUAUUGUAUAGCUCUUGCUUUAUAUUGCCAGAUUGCUUUCUAGAAAGAUCCAUCUCUGGGUUGGAAGGACCUUAAAGGUCAUCUAGUUCAACCCGCCUCCCUCCCACCCCCUCUGAAUGCUUGAACUCCUUCUUCAAUUUAUGAUGCCACCAGCAAUGUAUAAGCAUUUCUAUUUACCAAUAGUUCUGCCAGUAUUGGGUUUUGCCGUUUUUAUUUAUUUUUGCUUGUUUAAUAGGUGUGUAUUGUUGUUCUUGAAACGUUGUUUUAUUUCAUUAAUUGCUAGCAAGGCUGAGUACUUUUCCAUGUGAUGAUUUACUAGCUGUAUUUCCUCGUGUGUAAAAUGUCCAUCCAUUUCUUAAGACCACUUGUUAAGUGGAAUUGAUCUCAUAUAUUUGUACCAGAACUGUAUUUUUAUGUUGUAUUGUAUAGUUUGCUCUCCUGUCCCUGUACUUAAAACUGAAUGGUGCCAAUAAUUUCAUACUAAUGAUUAUUUAAAAAGAGCAAUGCCUCAUUUACUAGCAUUGUUGUAAAAUGAGGUAUGUAAGCAAAUAUUCCGAUAACAGAGGAUUAACCCUGGAAGUGCUGAAUCUUUAAAAUAUUAAUAUUUUUUGAGGGAAAUCUUUCUAAAACGUAUUACACACUUCCCUGCCUUAGUCAACAGAGUACACUGGAGAGUCUUUAAGCUUUUCUCGAUGAGUCAUGGCCAUCACUGUAAACAUCAGCCCUUUGGUACCUUGCUGUGGUGCAGUAACGUCAUCAGAAGCUAACACCAUGUGCGGGGCUUGGCUUUGCCUUUCACAGACUAUUGUGCUCUUCUCAUUGAUGGCUUCCCAUUACUGCUGUCUGCUCCUCCGGUGAAGCCACCUGGGGCAAUUAGGGUAUUUGGGACCUUUUAACCCCCAUACUACAUGACCCCUGGCUGUACUUUUAAAACAGCUUUUGCAAUCUUGUGCACACAACGAUGCAAACUGUGGUCCUGUACAUUUUGGUGGAGCUAUCUGUGUCUGGGCUGGUCGCCUCCUGCCAACCCAGCACCCUCCCUCCUCCUCUCCUAACUGCUUUCUGACUCUUCUGCUCUUCACGUCCUGCUCUCGAAUAGAAACUUCUCAGGCAAAAUGGAAGUUUUCUUGCAGAAGCCGGGAGCCCCCAUGUUCCAGGGUGUCAGGGGGGCUCUGCUUCUGAGGAGGGAUGCAUGGGCUUUUUGGCUGCUGUGCUAGGAGGCUCUCAGCCUCCUGCUUCUUCCCCACGUCCCCCGAGGUCCACAGAUGUUCAGAAGGUUGAUGUCACUGGAAGUCUGAUCACAAAGCAGUUGGCUAAUACUGUGUAUGAGAACCCAGUACCUUUGGCAGCUCAACACUAACCAGUAAAAUCAAGAGGAUUCCAUUGUUUCAGCAGUUGUCCUGGUUAUUUGCCUACAUUAGUGGAUAAUGGGUGCUUGGCAUGGUGAGCUGAGCAGAUGACCUUGGGUUGGGUGGAUUCAUUGGGAUAAAAGUGAAUCGGUACAACCGCUCCAUCUUUUUUAUAAACUGAAAAGCAAAACAAUAGCACUGCCUGGUUGCACAACACACAUCUUAUAUUGAGGGGGCGGAAGGAGAUCAGCUUGUUGACAUAAUCAUCGCAGAGCAAGGGCCCCAAAGUGUGGGCCCCAAACUCCUGGUGGACAUGGGGUUAGUGCAAGGGGCCUGGGAUGCCAGUGACCCACCGGGGGUGGGGGGUGGACUAUAGACCUCGUAGGAGAUUCUUAUGUUUGAAGAGUUUUAAAAUUAUGUCCUGGAGCAUUCAGAAGAUCUCACCUGCAUCCAACCCAAAUUUCAUAUUUCCCAAACCUGAUAUCCUUAUCUUUAUAUUUCUUUCACCAUCUCAAAAGUCACUACUUUUGAAAAACUCAGAAUUCACCAUUACCAUUUCAAGUAUACAAUUCACUGGUUUUUAGUACAUUUGCAGUGCUGUGCCAACAUUGCCACGAAUUCCAGAACAUUCCAAAAGGGAACCCCACACCUAGAGUCACUACCAGCUCUCCCCUUUCCCAGCGCCCAGCAACCACGAAUUCACUUGCUGGUUCUGAUUCAUGUCUCUGGCGUUGCCUAUUCUGUACACUUCCUGUACGUGGAGUCGUAGGAUAUGUGGUCCCUUGUGUCUGGCUCCUUUCACUUAACAUAAUGUUUUCAAGGUUCGCCCACAUUGCAGCAUGGGUCAGCGCUUCAUUCCUUCUUAUGGCCGAAUAAUAUGCCACUGUACUCGGACAGACCACAGUUUGUUUAUCCAUUCAGCAGUUGAUGGACAUUUGGGUUGCUUCCACUUUUGGGCUAUUCCGAGCAAUAGAAACAUUUGUGUAUAAGUUUUUCCGUGGACAUAUACUUUCAAUCCUCUUGAGCGUAUAACUGAGAUUGGCAUAGUUUGGCCAUAUGGCAACAUUUUGUUUAACUUUUUGAGAAACUGCCAAGCUCACAGCUUUUAUUUCUUAAACAAUCAAGAGUGAAAAAAAAUCACAGCGAUUACUGCACAGUGAGAGCAUGGGCAGAU